AACGCGGCCAAACCGUUGCAGCCAUGGACGAGGCGUUGCACUUGCACCAUGCGCGCGUCGUCGCGCAGUCGGACCUCUCCCGCCAUUUCCACGAUGCGCCGCCAACGCGGUCCGAGACACUGCUCAGCGACGCUGCCACGUAUGUGGAAGCCAUCGACGCGCUCUUCCGGGUCGGCAGCUCGCACCAGCACUUUGAGUAUCUCUUCUUCCUGUACGCCCAGAGCCACGGCGAUGGCAUUUCGCGCUCGGAGCUUCUCCAGCUGCUCCAAGAGCACUUGUCGCCUGCCGCGGUGGAGGCCGACGCACGCUUCUUUGAGAAGAUCUACACGUAUCUCAAGCGCCACUUUACGGCGCCAGUGCUAUCGCUCGACGCGACGCUGGCGCUUCUGAACGCGCGGCCGCACAUCCUCGCGUCCGUGUGCAUUGACAAGGCGCAGCUCCACGCGCGGGUGCAGUCCAGUAACGCUCGCAACCAAGUCCCAAAAGAGUUGCUCGACGCAUAAUGCAUUGUGUGUUUACGCCUAAUAGAUGUCUCGC